AUGGGAUUAAUCGAAGAUUGGCGUUAUCCAAAGGACAGAAUUCAUUUAAAUUUUUUUGUUGAAAAUGAGGAUAGUGGGAGUAUAAGAUGGAUUCAAGACUUCCCCAAAGGCUUGUACCUCUCAAUAAGCUUAACAGAAAAUGAAAAUCAAAAUUGGAGAGAAUUUUCUUUAAAUUUUGGACGUCGCAAAUCUUGCAAUUUUUUGUUAAUUUUGGACACCAACAAUUUUUUGUUGCGUGAUUCUCUUCGACAAUUAAUUUCUUUUGCUGAAUUACCCGUCGUAUUAUCGCCUUUUUUGGAUUCUCCGAUGCAAGGAAGUGUUAAUAAUGCACAAGAAUUGGAGCUGGAUUUUGAGUUUGUUUGGAGGGAGAAGCUGGAUUUUGUUAGGGUUUAUUAUUCCAAUGGCCCACUUUUGAUAAAUCUAAAACAUCCGGACUCUUCUUAUCUAACAUUUGAAGAGAACAAUUUACUUGGAUAUGAGGGUUCUAACGAUCCAAUAGAUGUUUUUGCUGUUUCCGCCUACAAAAUGAAUAUUCCAAUUUUAUUCUCUAAUCACUUUUAUUAUGGAUAUUUUUUGUAUCCUUCAAGGCUAAAUAGUGAACAUGCUUCUCUAUAUUCAACAUUCUUGGCCCAUUUCAUCUCCGAUUCUGGUUCAAUUCCAUUCCCAUCUUCAUCAGUUCUUCCACCUUGGUGUCCAAUCGAGACAAAGUUUGGCUUCGAUCAAAUCUACCUCAUAAACCUCGCUCGACGACCCGAACGCUUAAACAAAAUGGCACAAAUUUUGCGCCUUGUAGGAAUGAAAUUUGAACGUUUUGAAGCUGUAGACGGCCAAAAUUUGACAAAACGUCAACUGGAUUCACUCAACUUUUUGCCUGGUUAUUUGGACCCGUGGCAUAAACGGCCAAUGAAGUUGGGGGAAAUUGGAUGUUUUUUGAGUCAUUAUAAAGUUUGGAAGGAUGUUGUGGCAAAUGGAUAUGAUAGAGCGAUUGUUUUGGAGGAUGAUAUGAAAUUUACGCAAAAUGGAACUUUAAUACUCAACAAAAUGGUUCAAGAUUUAAUGAAGACACGUCUGGAUUGGGAUUUUAUCUAUUUUGGACGAAAGAUAAACAAUAAGGCAAUUCCAGAAUUUUUUGUACCAGGUCAUUCCCACCUCAGCACAAUUUCUUAUUCCUACUGGACUAUAGGCUAUGCAAUAAGCCUGUCGGGAGCCAGAAAACUAAUUGAAGCAGAUCCCCUAAAUAAUUUAUUGACUCUAGAUGAAUUUUUGCCUAUAAUGUAUUCUCAACAUCCCAACCAAAUUUGGUCAAGAUUUUUUGAGGAAAAAGAAAAAUUGAAUGCCUUUGCUGUUUACCCACUAAUUUUGGAGCCUGAACGUUACUCUUCUCAUUCGGAUUUUUUGAGUGAUACAGAGGGAAGUGAACAAGUUGAUUUUAAUUAUUUGGGUAGUAGAGGGGAGGGGGAAGAAGGGGAAAAGAAGAAUUUUUUGAAAAAUGAAUUGUUUGUUGAAAAUUUAAAUUUUAAGGAUGAAUUCUAG